UGCUCGGCCGGGCCAUGGCGUCCACCGCGCCCGGCGGCCCGCGCCCGCUGCUGCAGUUUCUACGGCUGCUGGGGCGGCUCAAGAGAGUCCCUCGGACUGGCUGGGUGUACCGAAAUGUGGAGAAUCCAGAGAGUGUGUCGGAUCACAUGUACCGCAUGGCGCUGAUGGCCAUGGUGACCAGAGAUGCCCAGCUUAACAGAGACCGGUGUAUUCGCCUGGCCCUGGUUCACGACAUGGCAGAGUGCAUCGUUGGGGACAUAGCGCCCGCCGAUAAUGUUCCCAAAGAAGAAAAGCAUAGGCGAGAAGAGGAAGCCAUGAGACAGAUGACCCAGCUCCUGCCAGAGGACCUCAGCAAGGAGCUGUAUGAACUGUGGGAGGAGUACGAGACCCAGUCCAGUGCAGAAGCCAAGUUCGUGAAGCAGUUGGACCAGUGUGAGAUGAUCCUGCAGGCGUCCGAGUACGAAGACCUGGAGUGCCGGCCGGGUAGGCUGCAGGACUUCUUCGACUCCACCGCAGGGAAAUUCAGUCAUCCCGAAAUAGUCCAGCUUGUCUCUGAAAUCGAAGGUGAAAGGAACGCAAACAUUGCCACAGCCGCAGGCGAGCCACACUCCUGAGCCAGUGACCCGAGAUUUCUUUCCAUUUCGUGGUGCUGUUCUGCUGUUGCUGGUCUCAAGUCCCUCCAUGUGAAGUCUGUGGGUUUUCAGUUGUCUGGAAUUCUGCAAGAAGUGUGAUGUUAUUCAGGCCCUAAAGCCACGGAAGAAGUGGUUAUGAGCACAGCAGGAGUGGGGAGGACUGCCUUUUUAAUAAAUAAAACG